AUAUAUGGUGGAAAUGGAAGAAAGGAACCAAUAUACGGAGAAGGUGGUACAAGGCCACCUCAGAUAUCAGGCGCGCAAUGGAGUCCAACCAUUGAACGAGAGUGUUAUAGAAAUGGUGAAAGGAAUGAAGAUGAAGACAGCAAGGACUACUAUGAUACAACAAUGGAGCGUCAGCGGUGCGAGGAUAGUACGUACAGUCGCAUUAUUUAUUCAAAUACUGGUGAGGAAGAACCCACGAUGCUGAAUGACGACGACUUGAAUACAGUUGAUCGUCGGGUUUUAAAUGGUGAUCCAGAUCGCAACUCAUUGAUUUCACCAGUGUACGGUACCACGUCACAGCGUCACCGUCGUCAGCAACAGCAGUUUGUUGAGUGUCGACAGCAGCAGCAUCAUCAACAACAACAGCAGCAACAAUACGCAUAUGUACCACAACAUUUUACCGCCACUGCUGCUGUGCCGUUCGUGCCAGCCCAGUUGCAGUUUGUACCGGCCAUGCUUCCAGCAACAUCGUUCCUGCCAACACAGCAAGUUACGUAUGUAACGAGCAGCGCUUCUAAUGGCAAUGGGGCAAUAAGCGGACCAUCGAGAGUAACAGCUACCUCAUCAUCGAUGGUUGUUAUGAAUGAUAAUCAAAAUGACCAGCAACACAAUGCUAGUCUUUCGGAAGCAGAAAUUUUUAAUAUUUUUUAA